GUUCGUUCUUUAGUUGGGUAUCAGACCAGUUAGCUGAGCUAACUAGCCACAUUUCUACAAGUUCUAAAGACGCGGUUGUUGUGGGGUCUGUUUCGGCGUCUGGUUCUACAGGACAUUAUUGAUCGCCAAGACCCUUCCGACAUCGUUUUCCCUCCGCUCCCGGAGGAAUUACUGCAGAGCCAUGUACAAUGGGAUUGGCCUGACGACUCCGCGGGGCAGCGGCACCAAUGGCUACGUGCAGCGCAACCUGUCCAGCCUGCGGGUCAAACGGCCGCGGGACGAGCGCGGCGGCGAGCGGGACGAGAAGGACCGGGAGAGGCUGGAGAGUCAGCUCAACAGGCAACCCAACGCUGACAUCCUGGAGCACCAACGCAAGAGGCAGCUGGAGGUCAAGUGUGCUGAGCUGCAGGACAUGAUGGAGGAGCAAGGGUAUUCAGCUGAGGAAAUCGAGGAGAAGGUGAACAGUUUCCGUAUGAUGCUCCAGGAGAAGCAGGAGCCGGCUGCCACCACUAAUGAAAGACCAACGGUGACAGAGACUCAUGCUCUGGCUGCAGCCAACCAGCAGAAGAAUGACCGACUUCGCGCCGCUUUUGGCAUCGCCAGCGACUACGUGGACGGCUCGUCCUUCCACGCUGACCGCAAGGAGAGAGAAAAGGAGAAGCGAGAGCAGGAGCGCCUGGAGAGGGAGAGGCUGCAGCAGCAGAAAUAUACGUUGGUGGAAGAUUCAGACAAUUCAGAUUCUCCUCCCAAGAAGCGCAGUCGGAAGAAGAAAAAGAAAAACAAGAACAGAGACAGCAGCUCGGAGAGUCCCUCCUCGUCUCCCCGACGAGAGAAGAAGAAAUCAAAAAAGAAGAAAAAGAAGCGUGAGGCGUCAGAAGACGAGGAAGAAGAAGACAGUUCCUCAGAUGAGAAGCAGAAGGUGUCAAAGAAGAGAAGAAAGAAGAGCGAAAGUUCAAGUCCUCCAAAAGCAAAGGCUGUGCGACACAGGAGUGUCUCCUCCAGCUCUGCUCACAGCCAAUCUCCAGCUCCACUGAGAUCACGCCAACAGGACCAAAGUGCAAGAAAAGCGGAUGAAGGAAGAAAGGGGAGAUCACCAGACAGGAGGAGACGGGGCUACGAGGAGCACAGCCCCCAUCAGAGAGGCGAAGGAAAGAGGCCCAAUGCUGAGAGAGAAAAAGAGCGACCGAGUGAGACGGAGAGGACCUCCGCCAAGAGGAGACACGACUCCUCAUCCCCUUCUCCACCUCCACAGACAGAAAAAAGCCGGGACACGGAGAGAGGGAGAAGAUCCAGGAGCAAACAGAAGGAGAGUGAGAAAGGGAGGCACUCCAGAAGCAGAGAGAUGGAGAAAAGGAGGCGUUCCAGGAGCACAGAAAAGGAGAGAGGAAUGAGCUCCAGAAGCAGGGAGGUGGAGAAAGGAAGACGAUCGAGGAGCAGAGAAAAUGAGAGGGAGAGGGGGAGGCGUUCAAGGAGCCGAGAAAACGAUAGGGAUAGAGGGAGGUGUUCAAGGAGCAGGGAGGUGGAGAAAGGGAGGCGAUCAAGGAGCCGAGAAAACGAUAGGGAGAGAGCGAGGCGUUCGAGGAGCAGGGAGGUGGAGAAAGCAAAACGUUCAAGGAGCAGAGAAAAUGAUAGGGAGAGAGGGAGGCGCUCCAGAAGCAGAGAGGUGGAGAAAAGGAGGCCUUCAAGGAGCAGGGAGGUGGAGAAAGGGAGGCGUUCAAGGAGCAGAGAAAAUGAUAGGGAGAGAGGGAGGCGCUCCAGAAGCAGAGAGAUGGAGAAAGGGAGGCGUUCCAAGAGCAGAGAAAAGAGGUAUAAAGGAAAGGAGAGCGCUCCUCAGAGGACCAGACGUGACUCCUCCUUAUCCCCUUCUCCUUCUCCUCCUAGGAAGGAAAGGAGCAGAGACACUGAAUGGGAAAAAGACAGAAAUAAACAUGACAAAACGACGAGACACGACUCCUCAUCCCCCUCGCCCCCCCCUGAGAAGGGCAGGGCAAGGAGGGAGAGGAGUGGAGAAAGGCAGAGCCGGGCCGAGAGAGAUGUGCCCUCAAGGGCGUCAAACGAGAACAGGAGAGACGCUGGGAAGAGACAGGAGAGAGAGGCGUCUCCUGGCCUUCAGAAAAAUGACAGGAGAAGGGACGGACACCCGUCCCGUGAUUCCCUGUCCCCCACCUCUCGCUCACCCGUCACCAAUGGGCGUCAAAGAGAAAGGGAGGAGGGGAGGAGAAGAGAAAAAGACAAGGAGAGCGCGAAGGAGAGGGACCGGCAUCUGAGCAAGAAGAGGGAGGAAGACAGAGAUAGAGUUCAAGAAGGCAGCAGGAAGAGAGAGGAGGGUCUCCCAGCGUCCGCAGAAAGUAGGCGGGAUGGAUCGAGGCCCGCAGAGAGGAGCAGGAGACCAGAGGUGAAGGAGAACCAGGAGAAGACGAGCAGCCCCCCCAGAAAGGAGAAAUGUGAGGACAAAUCCAAGCAGUCUGAGAAGAAGAAGGAGCGCAGCAGCAGUAGCAGUAGCAGCAGCGGUAGCAGCAGCAGCAGCAGCAGCGGUAGCAGUGACAGUGACAGUGAUAGCUCCUCUUCCUCCUCCUCCUCUUCAUCUUCCUCUUCAUCCUCAUCCUCUGAAGAUGAGGGCAAAACCAAGACGGCUGGGACAGUUGGGAGGGAUAAAAGCAGUCCCUCGAAAAGUACAGCAUCAGCCAUUGGUGCUGCAGUUCAAAGAUAUUUAGCUAACGGUAGAAAGGAAAGCUCUGCGUCCGCCUCUGAAGGGGACGGACCGAGACCAGAGGGACCGAGACGAGACCAGAGGGACAGAGACUCCAGAGGAGACAAGCCCGAGAGGGAAGGACCUUCCCACCGAGCUCCCGCAGAGAGUCACCCGUCCCGGACAAAAGGUCAGGAGCGAUACAGCCCCACACAGAUGGACAGCCCCAGUCCGCCUCCCUCCCCGUCCAACAGAGUGGACGCUAGCAGAGGCAGCAGCAGGUUCUCCCCCCCUCAGGCCGAAGCAGAGAAAACAAGGUCAGAGGGAAAAGUCAGGGAAAGGGAGCGAGGGAGGGAGAGGGACGCAGCCAGGAGGCCUCCGAGGUCGAGCCCUUCAAGUAGGAGGUCCCGCUCUCCACCCAAGAAAACCUCCACCGCCUCCCCAGCCCGCCGCACUCCACCGAGGCAGUAUCAGGAAGCCCCGAGCCGAUUCAGGAGAGCCUCUCCUCCCCCCGCCUGGUCGGACCGGGACAGAGAGAGGCAGAGGGACAGGGAGAGAGAGAAGGACAGGGGACACGAGCGCAUUGUCAGGAGGAGCAGGUCCAGAAGCCCAAGAAGGCGCAGUAGAUCCAGGUCUAACAGCCCGAGGAGGCGAAGCCCCCCCAGCAGGUCCCGACGCUCUCCUUCUCCACCGCGGCGAAGGAGGAGCAGCCGCUCCCUCUCCAGAGACAGAGCAAGAGAAAGGGAGCAGGAGAGGAUCCGGCAGAGGGAGGCGGAACAAGAGAGACAGAGAGAAAAGGAGCAUCUGCCACCGAAAGCUGUUCCCCAACCCCGCAGAUCCUCUUCCUCCUCAUCGUCUUCCUCCAGCUCCUCCUCUUCCUCUUCCUCCUCACCUUCACCGCAGCGAGAGAGGAAAGACACAAAAGCACCAACGGAGAGAGACAGAAAGACGGAGCGAGAGGACGAGAAGAGAGAGGACGGAGAGCAGAAGAGUCGGUCCUCCUCUUCACAGGCUCCGCCCUCAGGCCGAAGAGGCCCCCAGUCAGAGUCCAGGCGCCCCGACGUGACCUCCAGGAGGUCUGCAGAAACCAAACAGCCGUCGCAGGGUCCGAGGAAGCGGUCCCCGGUGACGGCCCCCCAACCGUCAGACCAGACUGUCACAAGCGAGAGCGCCGUGAACGGGAAGCAGGCAAACGCCAACAAGAAAGCCAACAGGAGCAGCAGCUCCAGCUCCUCUUCCUCAUCGUCAUCCUCCUCUUCCUCCUCCUCGUCAUCCUCUUCUUCUGACAGCUCGGACUCGGAAGCGGAGCAAGGGAAAGGGAAGACAGACAGAGCUCAGAGCUCUCCUUCCUCCUCCUCCUCGUCAGAGAAUGAAAAGGAAACUAAGAAAAAGAGCCCCGCCAGGUCCGGGAGGGUGCCCGCUGAUUCGCUGAGAGACUCUCGCUCGCUCAGUUAUUCUCCUCCAAGACACAUGAGAGCGGCGCCGCCCCCGCUGAGCCACAGGAGUGGCAGCAGACAGUCACCGAGCCGCUCGUCGAGCAGCAGACGAAGGAAAUGAGGUGACAACUCGAGACGUGUGUUUUCUCUGUUCGGCUCCGGCUGGUUUGACUUCGGCUGCGAUGCGACUCCACAGCCAGUAGAAACACGUCGGUGAAUGUCAGGGGACUCAUUUUGGUUCUGAGCAACCACACAGCUAUCAACAACGUGUUUUUUAAGAAACAAUGAGCAGAGGCUGGCUCGUACAUCUCUUUUUAUGAGUUGAAUAAGAAACACACACACUCACAGUCACAGUAACUUUAACAGCGUCCCUCUGUACCCGUACUGUUUGUUGCGUUCUACUUGUAGAUAUGAGCUGUCUGUAUUUUGGUUAUUAUGAUGUAACAGAUAUCCGGUUUCCAUUUAAUGUGAACAGAAACUGAAACGUGGAUAAUUUCUUUGUUGAAAAUGGUUAAUGAUAAUAAAAGGCAAUUGUACAUUU